CGAAGUGAAUCCGUACUUACUGCCUGUGUCACAAGAUUCACUUAGUGCAACGGAAUAAGCGCCGAGUAAAGAACGGUCUCUUGAAGCAAAUACUAUCAGUGAAUAAACCCACUGCUUAUUUUAAGAAUCUAGCACGCGAACGGCAAUUGCAUCUCCAGGUUGGUAUUUGUUUAUAUCGACUUCAGUUACAUCCCGAGGUUGAUAUUUGUUGAUAUCGGCUUCGACUACUAGAUCCAUUGACCACCCUCUUUCCAGGUUGAUAUUUAUUUAUAUCGACCUCAUUACUCCAUUCACCACCCUCUUCUUCAAACACCUCACAUACAGUUCCAAGCCAUGGCUUCAACAGGCUCGAAGGGCUCUGGACAGGUUUACGGCACACGAAUCUCCAAAGAAAAUGGAUAUGAUGCCAACAGCUACACAUAUUAUCCCGUGGCCAUUAUAGGCGCUGGGGAAUCCGGCAUUGCCAUGGGUUGUCGUCUCAAGGAAAAGUUUGGCUUUGACCAGUUUCGCCUUUUUGACAGGCAAUCAGGUAUUGGCGGGACAUGGUGGAUCAACAGAUACCCUGGAGUGGCAUGCGAUAUCCAAGCCGCUUUCUAUUCAUUCUCUUUUGCUCAAAAUCACAAGUGGUCUUCGCUUUACCCCCCUGGGCCAGAAAUCGUCAAAUAUCUUCAAGGAGUCUGCGAGAAAUAUGAAAUUGUUGACAAGAUUCAGCUUAAUAGCGAAGUUACCUCGUGCCGUUGGAACGAGGUCGAAGGCGUCUGGGAGUUGACAAUACAUGAACUCCUCAAAGGCGUUGGUGAUCUAAGCACCUAUGAUCGAGUCACUAUGUUGGAGAAUCAAGGCGAGAGUUCAGUAUUCGUCCGCUCAGAGAAAAUCAGAGCCAAAGUAUUGAUCAGUGCAGUUGGAGGUCUGGUAGAACCAAAUCGCAUGCCAGAAACUAUUCCAGGAGUAGAGGAUUUCCAAGGCCCCAUCUUCCAUUCAGCCAGGUGGAGAUAUGACGUUGACCUGAAAGAUAAGAAUAUCCUCGUGGUUGGGACAGGCUGUAGUGCGGCUCAAUUUGUCCCAGAGCUCACUAAAACAUAUGAGGCAAAGUCAGUCACUCAGCUCAUGCGAUCGCCUCCCUGGGUGGUCCCGAGGCAAGUUCCUCCAUUUGGAUUCGGAGAGGAGGAUUGGGAGAAAUGGAGUCCGUGGUUGAAUACGUACAUUCCGGGAUUUGCUAGACUCCGGAGACUGUAUAUCGCUACACGAGCAGAAUACGACUGGAGACUCUUUGGGGACAGUAAAUACGCUGAAAAUGAGAGGGCGAAGCUUGAGGUGGCACUUGUUGAUUACAUGAAGAAAAAGGUCCCAAAGAAGUACCAUGAGAUACUCACCCCCAAAUAUGGUGUUUGUUGCAAGCGCCUAGUCAUUGAUGGAAAAUGGCUCAAUUCUCUGAAUGAUAAGAAGAUCGUGCUUUCUACUCUUCCACUUACCAGUGUUCAGGAGGAUCGGGUAACGCUUGGUCCUACCCGUGGAUCGCAGGCGGUCGAAGAUGUCAAAGUUGCUGCCAACAUCACAGAAACUGUCCGCGCCGAUGUUAUAAUUCUCGCAAACGGUUUCGAGACAUUGAACUGGCUCCAUCCCCUCGAAGUUAUCGGCCGGAGUGGGCAGUCCCUCGAGGAAGUUUUCCACGAGCGUGGUGGACCUCAGUUGUAUAUGGGCAGCGCCAUGGACGGGUUCCCGAACUUCUUCGUCAUCUUUGGUCCAAACACAGUGACGGGGCACUCAAGUGUGGUGCUCGCCACUGAAAACAUGGUCAAUUAUGCCAUGAAAUUGGUUGAGCCAAUACUGAAAGGCGACGCUCACUCUGUGGAAGUGAAGAAAGAAGCUGAGCUGGCAUGGACCGCGGAUAUUCAGAAGUCUCUCAAGAAAAGGAUAUGGAAUAUCGGUGGUUGCAGAAACUGGUACAUGGGAGAAGACGGUUGGAACUCGACUACUUACCCGUACUCCCAAGUGUGGUUCUCGCUUUUAUGCAUGUUUCCAAAUUAUAAUCACUGGAAUUAUAGAUACACCACCAAGGGCUUGAUCAAGAAGCGGGCCAAAACAGUUUUUCGGAUAGCAGCACUGACAGGAAUAGCCACAGGACUGUAUUUCACACGUCGGGCGGGUCUCAGAUUUGGCUGGAAAGAAGGUGCCGCUUCUGCCAGAGGUGCUGCAGCGCAGCUUUUAGCCACUUUGGGGCACUCCCUCGUGAGAGGAGCUGGGUCGAUCUGAUGGCAUUGGGGGAAGUCCUUGGGAACUGGGCGCACUACUUUAGG